AUGGAUUCCGCCGCGAGCGACCAUCCGCCAGCGGAGCGCAAAGACCUGGAUCCAGCCAUUAUUGACAUGAUUCUAGGGAAACCAGACUCCGUUCAGAUGAAAGAAGACAUGGCUAUUGCGGUGGAUGAUGCCAAAAGCGAAGAUGAGAGGAUCAACGCGUUGGAUCAUAUGGAAAUGCUCAUCGAACAUAUCGAUAAUGCUAAUGAUCUAGAGAAACUUAAACUCUGGGAACCAUUGCAGUCCUUGUUGACAUCCAAUUCAUCAACUUCCGAAAUCAGGACCCAAGCACUUUGGGUCAUUGGGACCGCUUUGCAGAAUAACCCUUCUGCACAGGAAGACUACAUGUUGUAUAAUCCACUCCCUAUCCUUUUGUCAUUUCUCGAUCCGUCCCCCUCAUCGUCACCGGGUAUCCGUGCUAAAGCCAUAUAUGCCCUGUCCGGGUUGUUGAAACACAAUUCGCCUGCAGUUCAAGCUUUAGGGCCCUCAGGAUGGACGAAGCUCCGUGAAUCACUGCAAGAUCCUUCAAUAACGGUCCGACGAAAAGUCGUAUUUCUUCUUAGUUCUCUCCUUCUUCCCAAUGGCUCCGGUCCUACCCCAACGCCAGCCCCGACAGCAGCCAACAUCUUGACUCCCGACCACCGUCCCGCUCCAACUUCCGACGAGCCUAUCUUCUCCAAUUCACAUGCCUCCAAUCUACGAAACCCGAAUCGCAGCAAUACCUCUUCCCCCACCGUAUCUGCUUUAAGCGAAUAUAACAUUAUGGAAAGUAUCAUUUCCGGGGUGGUUACCCCAGUUCCAUAUGGCAAUGAUGGCGAGAGCGUCGAGCCCGAUGCAGAUUUUGAAGAAAAGGCUGUGCAUUUGUUGUUCACAUAUGCUGUGUCAUGUUCGGGAGAAUUGUCCCAGUCGCAGAAAGAGGCUCUGAAAUCGUGGAUUCAAACGCAGAAAACGAAGAAGGGCGAGAGCCAGCUAUUAGAAAGUUGGAACAUUUCAAGAGAAGAAUACGCGGGACUAGUCGGAAAGCUUUUGUAA